AGACUGAGCUCUCUGGUGUCGGAGGUCAUAGACUACAACAUGCCUCUCACCACCACCUACAUGAAGCAGAUGAAGCUUCAGUGUUUGACCUGUACCGAGGCUGAUGACAGUUCUCUGAGCAGCGAGGAGGAGGCAGAGAUGAGCGAGCCCACAUGGCUAGCGGCCGAUCUGGGAGCAGCGUCUGACCUGAGCCCGCCGAGCCGAGCAGAGAGGAUGCGCCACAGUCCCCAAAACACACACAGCAAGGAGGAUGACGAUGAUUCAUCCUCAGAGAGCGGCAGCGGGAACGGCCUGCCUGCUCUCACCCCUCCCUCCUCCGCUGUGACAGACGGCGCCAUAGUCAGAGAAGCCGAGGUCGUCAACGGCAACGGUGGCCCCGCCCCUCUCGACUUCAGCACGCCCACUUCCUCCUCGUCAUCAUCCGAGGACCAGCAGCCGAUGAACCUGAGCGACCCGCCUCCUCAGCGGCUGCCUCUGACCGCCUCUCACCUGCCCGUCACCGUCGCGCCCGAGGAGCUCCGCAGGAAGUACCCGGUGUCCCCUCAGUACAGUUCAGGCGGCAGCUACGACAGCGUGAAGAUGGACCUGAGUGCCGAGGACCUGACCAUGGGUCGCCACGGCAGCCAGGUCGCCCCCGACGACGACGACGACGACCACGAUGACCACGACGACAACGACAAGAUCAACGACACGGAGGGAGUCGACCCCGAGAGACUAAAGGCCUUCAACAUGUUUGUGCGCCUGUUUGUGGACGAGAACUUGGAUCGCAUGGUUCCCAUCUCCAAGCAGCCCAAGGAGAAGAUCCAGGCCAUCAUCGAGUCCUGCAGCAGACAGUUCCCCGAGUUCCAGGAACGAGCUCGCAAGCGCAUCCGCACCUACCUCAAAUCCUGCCGACGCAUGAAGAAGAACGGCAUGGAGACUCGUCCGACUCCGCCUCACCUCACCUCGGCCAUGGCUGAGAACAUCCUGGCUGCUGCCUGCGAGAGCGAAUCACGCAACGCCGCCAAGAGGAUGCGCCUCGAUACCUAUCACGUAAGUCAGGAUGAGCAGAUCUCUCUGGACAAGCCGUCCGGCGCCGGCGGAGGUCUGAGGGAGCCGGCGUCGCUCGCCCACUCCGCCUAUUCCCUGGCCGCAUCCGCCUUCUCCCAGGACACCCAGCUCUACAUCAACGGAGCCGGCCUCAGCUACGGUUACCGUGGAUACCCGGGCCUGGGAGCUGCCAUGCAACACCCCGUUUCCUUGACGACCGGCGGUGCUGCCACUGCUGCUCAGAGCAAUGGCCCCACAGACCUCAGCAUGAAAUCUCUCUCCUCCGCCAACAUCACCAACUCCUCCGCCUCCUCCGCCAACAACAGGGGCGGGGCAUCCACUCAGCUCAGCCAACCGGAGAUCACGGCCGUGCGUCAGCUGAUCGCCGGCUACCGGGAGUCGGCCGCCUUCCUGCUCCGCUCGGCGGACGAGCUGGAGAACCUCAUCCUGCAGCAGAACUGA